AACAAGACAUGGCGGCAGAGCCGAAGGCGAUCCAAACGCCUGAAAUGUCACCUACAGUUAGGAAAAGUGUUUCGUCAAGACCAGGAUCUAUUUCUCCUGCACUCAUGAAUUUCCCUGGCUCGUUAAUGGAACUGGAUGAAUACAGGACAUUGAGAAUCUGAAAAGGAGUUUGCAUUAUGCUAAACAUGUUCUUCAAGCAGAUUAUGAGAAUAAACUGCAAGAGAGAGCUUUGGACUUAUAUUGUAGAGUCAAUGACAGAAUCUUGGAACUGGAGAAACAGCAUGAAGAUCGUGUUAAUGUUAUCAGAAGAAGCUAUCGUCAGCAGCUUGCUGAUGCUAUAACCCAAAUCUCCAGCCAACACCAGGAGUAUUAUGCAAAGAAGAGCAAGCAAGACAAAGCGAAGUUUUCGGAAAAGCUCAGAAAAGUCCAAGACGAUGAUGACGAAAAGAAAAAAGCUAAACAACAGCAGGACUCCAUCAUAGAGAUGAUGAAGAUGCAGAUGAGAGAUGCACAGGAAAGAGCAGAUAGAGAACUGCAGGAUGCACUCAACAGACCCAAAUCAGCAAGUAGUGUUGCUACAAAUCCUGAGAUUUAUGAGCUGCGAGAGGAAGUUGAAAAACUAGAAAAUAAAGUGGAUGAUUUGAUGAAUCAGCUAGAUGACAAAGAAACUGAAAACAGGCGUUUAGCAACUGAUAUUGACGAUUUAAAUGAACAACUUAGAGGUGAUCGACAGCAAAUCCAACAGUUGAAGAAAGAUCUUUCCGAUGCUUUGCUCGCAGCUGAACAUGAACGAAACAACUUCAAAGCUGAGCAUAAAAAUUCUAUUGAUCAAGAUUCUGCUAACCAGCAAAAUGAAGAGGUCAAAACUGGGGAUCAAACUACCAUAUUCUUUCUUCUACAAAGUCAAAGGGCACAGCUAGAAAGAGAGAUGGACAAUAAACUGCAGGAGACGAAAACAAAUUUAAUGGCAGCUUCGAGGAAACAAGUCGAGGAGCUGCAGCGAGCACAUGAUCAGAAGAUUAAAGAACAAAAAAUUAUAGAUGAGAAGAGAAAGCUGAUGGAGAGCCAGCAAACUAAGUCCACCACUCUUGCACCAUCUGAAAGCACCACUGUCAUCGGACGACCACUUACUGAGCGGGUCCCAGUUGUCCAUUAUGAGCCAGGCGUCUUGGUGUCCAGGCUCAGGCGAAUGGAGAAGCCUCAACUAAAUGAGUCUGAGAAAGAUGACUUGUUGAGAAAAUUACAAAAACUUGAGAAGAAACAGAAAGCUGAGAUUCUAAGGUUGCAGAAAGAACUUGAUAGAGUGAACAGAACAUGGGAAAUGAAAGUCACCAUUUUGCAACAAACGUUACACGCACUGAAGGACGAAAGUUUCCUGAGAACUUCCCUUCAACGACAAGCGGCCAGACUCCAGCAUGCUGCUGUGGUGUACGCGAGUGACGGUCCUGCAGUUAUCGUUACGGAUAGGAAAGAUUACACAGCUGGAAGACCAUAUAGAACCUUGGUACAGCCUGAUAAGACUAAGCACACAGUACCCUUCAAUACAGCUGACAGACCAGCUGCAGACACACCCUUCAGUGAGGAUCGCCCAACUCCUACUCUGCCUUCGGAGGACAAACCACGUGUAGAAAGUAACGAAGACACAAGUUUGAUAGCCAAUCCGGCCGGAGUUGACGAUACUGAAACACAAGAAAAGAAUGAAAAUUCCUCGAUUUUAGAAAGUUCAACUUCAGCGCAUCAAGUGGUAGAUCCAGUGUGAAUAAAAUUGCCCACUCUCUUGUAAUCAGCUGAAGUGUUUGCUGUUCGCUUAUUUUGAAGUCUUAAAUAAGAUGUGGAGAAGACAUUAAACUAUUUAUUCUGGUGCAGAUGUUAGUGAUUUACGUCCUGGAAUAACUAACAUUCUGUCCGUGAUUCACUACUGUAAAUAGUUAUCUAUUUGAUUAUUUUUCUAAUGAGUUAUUCGUUUAGUUGAUGAAAUAAUUUGAUGUGAAAUAAAAUGUAUUUGUUGUCCAUCGUUAAUUAUGUACGAUACUCCUUUGUGCAUUAAAAUGGCUAUGCUUUCCAGACGUUUUGAAACUUAAGAAGUGAGAGAAACUUAGAGGAGAGCCGACUGACUUUUUCCAAGCGGCGGCCAACCUUAGUCCCCGUGGAUUAAAAAAAAGCUAUGUUAAUACCACUCCAAACCCGUGUUAGCUGCGAAGGUAGACGGGCAAGAACAACACCUAAUUCUAGGCUCUCGACAUGGCCGUCGCAUAUUAAUGGUUUCCGUUUUGUGUCA